UGACAUCAAUGAUGUUGCCUCUAUGGCUGGUGUUAAUCUUAAUGAAGAAAGUGCCCGAAUUAUGGCUACCAACUCUGACCUGGUUGGAACGCAGAUACAGUCCUGUAAAGAUGAACCCUUUCUUGCUGCUAUACCUCUACAUAAACGCAUACUUGAAAUGGCUAAAAAAUUAGGAAUUACUGAUGUGCCAGCUGAGGUGGUUACUUUUAUUUCCCAUGCAACACAAAACAGAUUAAGAACAGUGAUAGAAAAAGUAACAGUGAUAACCCAGCACCGAAUGGAAUCACACAAAGAUGAUGAGUGGUAUGAACAAGCUACAGAUGUCCGAUCACAGUUAAAAUUUUUUGAACAGUUGGAGCGCUUAGAAAAGCAAAGGAAAGAUGAACAAGAGAGGGAAAUCUUGCUAAAGGCUGCCAAGAGUCGCUCAAGGCAAGAAGACCCAGAGCAAGCUAGACUGAAACAAAAAGCAAAGGAGAUGCAGCAACAAGAACUUGCACAAAUGAGGCAGAGGGAUGCCAAUCUAACUGCACUGGCAGCUAUUGGUCCCCGGAAAAAACGGAAGCUUGAUUCACCUGGACUGCUUACCAUAGGAGGAGAGGGCCUCAGUAUGUCCGGUGGAAGUCAGGCUGGCUUGGGGACUCCUUCAUCCAGGCAGUAUGCACGACAGAAAAUAACUCGCGUAAACCUCAGGGACUUCAUCUUCUACAUGGAACAGGAAAGAGAAACGAGCCAUUCUCUCCUGCUCUAUCGAGCUCUGCUUAAAUAAAGCCAAGAAUUAUACUGAUAUCUCUCCAUACAGAAGCUCAACUUGCAUUGAAAAGCUGUCAUUUUAAUGUGCCUUCUAUUUUUUUCAGAAGUCAAUGUUUCUGUAGUUUGUUUUGCAAAAUUGUUAAACACAUGCAAUAAAUUCCCUUUAUGUAAAAUAAAAAAAAAAUGUGCAAAAGGUUUUAAAAUGUUAAAUCCACAAAUAUAAUCAAUUUCUAAGUCUUACUCCAUUUGGCCAUUUUAGAUAAGGCUGAAAUAGACCACACUGAAGUCACACAAACGGAAAGACUGACAGCAACGGCUUGCAUAAACCAUCUCACACCGAGACCGACUGGGAAAGGUUCACAGGAUUGGGAUCUAACCAUGGUGUUAACUUGUACGUUCGCUUACAGUGCUGGGUUUGUUUAACUUUCACUGGCACUCUUUCCACUGACUAACCGUGGUGAUACUUUUUGUUAUUUUAGAUUAGUUAAAAUUGCAAUUUUUUGCACAGCUAAAAGAAUAGCCACUGCACACUCUCACAAAUUUUAUAUAUUUAGGAUUUUUGCUUUUACUGCACAGCUCAUUUCCUGAGCGAUUUGCUGAACCAAAUCCUAAGUGUAUGAAAUCUGUGCGUUCAGAUCCCAGCUGAGUUACCGUGACUAGCUUCCGGUUGUUUUCUAAACCUAUUCAACCUUUUGCACAUUUGUAGCAGCUGGUGAGUAACAUGAAUCAAAGUUGGGUUUUAUUUUCUAAAAAUAUCUUAAUUUAUUUAUUGCAAAGAGUAUGGUUUAAUGAUGGUUUUAAAAGAGAGUAUUGUUCAGUAAAGAUUUUAGAGCGUUCUAUAAGGAUUUUUAAAGUCACGGUGAAGGAAGUUAUUGGGGGGCCGGUUCCACUCUUACUCGAAUCAUGAGAGCAGCGGUAAGUGGGGGAGCCCAGACCUGCCGUGCGGCCGGGGCGCUCGCCGCAGUGACUUUGCUUUGGAUCAUUGGACCUGAGGACUCCAGUCCAGAGAGGCUCAUAAACCAGUGCAUGACUCUAAGCAUAUGGGUAGCUUUAAGUACUUAAAGGUGGAAUGAAUGCUUUUUAAAUGCUUUGCUGAAUUGGAAUUUAAGGGGCCCACACCAAAGCCAAGCGAAGGGAGUGUGAGUCUUUUAAAUGGGAUAGGAAUACUGAGCAAGCAGGUGGGCACGCAAUGUACUUCAAAAAUAACAGUAUUACCAGUAACCAUGGAAGGGAGACAUUUGCUUAUUUAUCUUUUCAAUUUUUACUAUGUUAUGCUUGCCACUUUUUUGAGGCAAUUUUUUUUUUUUGAUGGGAAACCAUAGCAAAAGCACAAAUAGAACUAUUUGUCCAAUAGUUUUAAAAACAAAAGUUUUAAUUAUUUUUUAAGGUUUAUGAAAAGCAGAAGAAAAUUUAUACUGCUGCUAUUUAGCCAAAAGAUUAUUCAUAAGGUAUUUAAGGCCAGGAAGUGUAAAAUUAUGUUUUAAAUGUAUUGAUAAUUUGUACAUAUUGUUUAUAAAGGCCUUGUGUUUAUUAGAAUUACGUUAUUUUGAUGAUUUCUGUACAUACUCGUAAAUACCCCCAAUUUGUGUGAAAACAUACGCCCUUAUUUGUACUUAUUUUGUAAAGAAAUAAAACAAUUUACUAAAGUAACACAUCGAGUGACAUACAGUGUUAAUUUAUCAAACAUGAAAUUCACAUUGUCUUGUAGUUCUUAAGCACUGUUCAGAAACAUUUUGCAUUAAAAUAUUAACAGAAUACCCACAAAGAAAUAUUAAAACCAAAUAGUUCAAUGUUUUGUUGUGCUGAUUCUUAUCCUUUGUCAAACAUCUAAUAAAAUUGUCAACAAACCUUGAUGCUCUUAAUACAGUGAAUGAAUGCACUCAGCAGUUGCUUUUUGAAAACAACUUAGUCCAAGAAGCACAACACAACAUUUCCUCUUCUCGCCGGUUUUCUGAGACCUGGGAGCACAGCGGCGUAACAGGCGGCUGGGAAAAGGGCUACGUGACUGGUGUUCUCCAAACCGCAGCUGCAGUGCUCAGCUAAAGAGAAUCGCAGCAAUUUUGUUGCAUCCAAGUAAGUUAAAAGACAGGCUCUAAGUACUUUUUGGCCUUCAUAACAAAAACAUUUGCUGCCUGCACACCACAGUUUUACUGGAGUUUCGAUGAUAUUUUAAAACCUGUUUUAGUGACACUGAACAAUGUUCUUAAUUAAGUUAUGUUGCUAUGGUUUAAGGCCAGAAGUAAAAAUUUGAAUCAGUUUUGCUGAUAUUGUUGCUUAAGAAUAUAGGGAAAUAAGUAAAAAAGAUAUAAAUGAAACUGUAAUAAACUUUAAAUAAGUGACCUGAAGUUACUAACUAAAAGAACAUGUCCUAGCUUAACUUUUCUUUUUUUAAAGGCAUAUUUCUUCUAACCAGGUGAUUGUUUCCACAUGUCUCGCUUGCCUUGGUGCUAUUUUGCAGUUAAUGCUGUGAUGUCAUGGCUCAAACUUUCCAUCUCGAGUCCCCAUCUCGCUCGGCUGGCCCAGCCUGCCCUCCUUUACGAUGCCACCUUACCGAACGGCCCUAAGUACUGGCGCUGCUUUAUGGAGCUGUAAAAAAAAUAUGGCGAACACCAAACUGAAGAAAAACCACCCAACCGAGCACAAAUACUUCCCCUGGUGCCCUAGGUACCUCGGAAGGGGCUGCGCU